AAGAGCCUUCUUUUGGAAGAGCGACUCUGUUUUCGCUGGCCACACAGUGACCCUUCUACAUGUAUUCCUCCAUCAAAAAUCAAUAAAUUCGAUCUGUUCCCUCUUCCCAUCCACUUACUAGUCUACUUGUACCAUCAUCUAGACCCUCACAAAGUGUUGCUCAGAUAGGUUGGGUUAGGUUAGGUUAGGUUGAGUAGAGUUGAUUGUGUGACCAUGGCGCCAGUUCAAGGAGAUAUCGUGUUGGGCGGUACCGGUAUGAGUGGAAUGAGUGGAAUCGGCAUGAAAGGUCCUCCUUCCACCAUUGAUGUUCCCUUGGGCUUACCGCUAAGCUUAGAGUGUGAGUUAGACUCUGUGGAUCCAGUAGGCAUGGUUCCUCCUGAAGUAGAGAUCGUAAAGCACAGAGCUCCCAACGUGGUUCGUCUAUUGGAGCAGCAAAAGAAGAAAAAGAAAAAGUCAAAAAAGAAAAUUGCAGAUCCUCCUCCUGUCAUUCAGUACUCUGAUUCCAUACAAGAGCAAGAGCUACAGCUGCAGCUGGCACUCAAGAAGGAAGAUGAUCACUGGAGACACAUGAGACAAUCACAAACACAGAGCAAGAAACCUCAACCACAACAAGACGAAGACCAACAGCUCAAAGCCCUCUCCUCCUAUCUCGUCAAAUCGGCACGCAAGGCAACCACAUCACAUCAUAUUCGGGACUCAAAUCACGUACGGGACUACCAAGUCUCGCACCAGAUCCCGCGAGCACGCCCACAACAACAACCUCACCAAGAGGGACUGAAUUCGAAGCAACGACCUCCCAUGAGACGAUCCAUUUCGGUUCCCAGCUUGGCAUCGGUCAGCACUCGAGACGUCAUGGACUACUCGUCCUCCUGUAACCUCACCACUGCCACGGAACAAUCCGUGUCCACCGCUGCCACUGCCACCGCUACAGCUACAGCACCCAAGGAGAUUGGAGUUGACUUUUCAGGACGAUACACUUCCACAAGACGAAAUAGCAUUGACCGAAAACUUUCGUCGUACGAACAGUCGGCAUUUUUGUACGAUUCCGUCAUUCACAAUACCGGAAACACACCCUUCACGCCCCCAACUCCGCAGUUCAUGCUGCCGUCUCAUGCUACCGGUACUGCCAACAAGAGCAAUGCCACAACAUCAACACGCGCAACCAGCAAUGGCAACCACACGGCCAAAACAAACAGUCAACUGCCAAAACUACAGCCGAGCAUGCUUGCCAUCUUUCCCGGGGCGUCUUCUUCUUCUGCAACAACUGCCACCAAGAAGCACCAGUCGGAUGCGGGCAUUGACUCGUCCUAUCAUUCCUCGGCCAACAAGACUACUUCGACCGCAUCCUCGUCCGUGUGUGCGGGAAAAAGAGUCGUAUGCAAAGCUCCCGCGCCGCCAAAGUACGACGACGACGACAGUCUUCCAGGUCUAUCACCCUUCCGGUCCUCCGCAACUUCGUCGGAAACCGCCAGGCAUGUGCAGCCACCUCCAGCCGCACGAGCAUCUCCGUCCACAAGAGCACCGUCGUCCACACGGGCACUACCUCCAUCCGGCAGGCAUGAACAGCCACCACCGUCCUCACGGGCAUCACCUUCCACAAGAGCACCGCCAUCCACAAGGCGAGCACCGCCUCAAUGGCAGCAGCAAGCACAGCAGCAGCAGCAGCAACAACAACAACAACCACAACCAUCGACUCGUAAGAACGGGAAUACCAGUACGGGAAACAACAAUAGCAGCACCAGCAGCAAACCUAAACGACGAUGGUUCCUGUUCAGGGGAAAGUCACUAUCACACAUUCAUGGGUAAACAAACAAACACACACAAGGAUACACAAAGAUGCACAUCUCGAACGCAAAUACUAGCAUACGUGGAUGUACAUGUCGGGAAAACGAUACGUUUUAUCAGAGGGAACAGGGAAGACGAUCAGUGGAGUCGAGUCCUCAAAAAUGACUGGAGUUCCCUUACAUUACAUGUAAUCUAAUUCAUUGUACGAAUGUUCACUCAUAGACACAUCUAUACGGUAGGUGGGGUCACGGGUGGAUGCCACUUCAACGACGAGGUUUCAGCAAGACUUCGAAGCGAUCUAUUACGGCUGCUGCUAGCCCUGGGCACAAGCUAGCUUCAGCACCGAACAGGAACCUGUGUUUCAAAACGAAUCACAUUGCUAUAUUGAUUAUACGUAUAUUUUUUUAACAGCGGAAAUUUCUAAGCACCAUGAGAUUCUUGGCUGAACUGGAGCAGCUCCUCUCCAACUGUACGAACCAGAUGGUUCUGGUUUGCGUCACGCCCGUCUUGGUCUUGGUUUGUGCUGCUCUUACUCUCGUGUAGCCUAGCAGCGAACCAUGCCUGAAAGUCGGCAUAGAUCUGUCCUCCAAUGAUACCCUUUUUGACAUUACUCGACGGGGUUUCCUCUUCGUCCUCCGCAGCUCCAUCUGUUUUCUUGGCAUCAUCAUCAUCAUUCUUACCGUCUUUGCGACGCGAUUGCUGCUCCAGAAAGGACUGUAUCAAGUUUCCAAUACUACUGCUGGUCUCAUUAGUAUCAUUGGACGCGUCGUCGUCGUCUUGUCGUUGUUGUUUCUGUUGUUCGAGUGGUAGCCAGUACGUUUUGUAAAAGUCGAGUGCAUUGGCGGGCGUAUCCAUGCUUCCGAGGAGCAGGUUGCGAAUCAUAUCGGCUCCAUCCAUGGUUUGAAAUUCUCCGACACGGUUGGGGGCGCAAUAGGUGGCAUCUCGAAUGGCCAAUCGUUCGUAAAUGACCAUGAGAUCUUCGGUCCCAUCUUGAUGGCCUUGAUGAAUAUCCACUGGAAAGUAGAGCAUGUUACAAUUGUUCAAAAGGGCAUGAACGAUAGAUUGGAGUCGUUGUGUUGAUGCUGAUUGUAGUUGGGACAAGAAAUAGUUCUUGGCUUGAAGUGGGCGGUGCCACGAAUUAUUGGUGAUGGAUGAUGACGCUGAUUCCAACUCUACCAAUGCCGCUUGUGUCUUGUCUGACUUGGGCAGCACGGCAGUAUAGUAGGAGUAUCGAUCGCAAUAAGUGGGUACCAACCUGGAAAAAUCGAGUUCCAUGCCUUCUUGUAGCUGAGAAUCCGGCUUGUGGCACCAUGCUCUGAGUUGGAUAACAUCUGUGAAAAUCAAGCUAUUGAUGGAAUGAAUCAACUUGAGGUUGUCGUUGUCAUUUUCUGGCAGUAGAUCUCUAAUGGCAGCGAGCAGGAUGGUGACUGUGGUGAAGCGUUGCUGUCCAUCCAGAAUGCAAGAUCUUCCUUCUGGAAUCAUUUGCACUCCCGUCAAGGUAUUGUUGGUGUUGGUAAUGUUGCUUUUGGGAUUGGUCUUGCCAAUGUUGUUUGUACAGGUGAGUCUACCUAGAGAAUGUUGGUGCUGAGACUCGAGGGUAGCUUGAAUGUCAUCUAGCAAAGUCUGCCAUUGCAGUGGAGUCCAACAAUAGCGUCGUUGGAAAAUGGGGACACAAAACUUGUCACUGGUCAAGAGAUCCUUAAGGGGGAGUCUUCCCACCUUGUCACUAGUAGUGUUGCAGAUGGUGGCUCCAUUGGCAGUUUGCACUUUUUGGCGAAAGGCGUGCGAUUGCAUGGCUUGCUUCUCCAAAGCAUUCUUGGGACGAUACGCAGCAGAGGGGUCCCAGGGAGGGCGACCAUUGCGACGACCACGAAGUGUUUUAGAAGGCCUUGCGCCAUUGCCGGCUGUAGUUGUGGCAGCACUCAUUUUUGUUUGUUUUGCUUUGCUUUACAACUUUGCAGAAACAAAAUUAUGAGGAAAGAGAUUGAGGAUCC